CGGGCCUUGUUUCCGGUUGCUCUGGGUUGUGAGGAGAGGCCGAGAGUGAGCCCGGGUUCCCUGCCGCCGCCGCCAUGAUCCUGCUGGAGAUUAACAACCGCAUCGUGGAGGAGACCCUCAGCCUCAAGUUGGAGAAUGCGCUCGCGGGGAACAAACCAGACACAGUGGAAGUGACAUUUGCGGAUUUUGAUGGCGUCCUUUAUCACAUUUCCAACCCAAACGGGGACAAGACCAAAGUGAUGGUCAGCAUUGCCCUAAAGUUCUACAAAGAGCUGCAGGACCAUGGAGCAGAUGAGUUACUGAAGAGAGUUUAUGGCUCUUACCUCGUGGCUCCUGAAGAUGGGUACAAUGUAUCUCUGCUGUUUGAUCUGGAAAAUAUUCCAGCCAACAAAGAUGAAUUGGUGCACCAGGCUGGCAUGCUGAAAAGAAAUUGCUUCGCCUCUGUUUUUGAGAAGUACUUCAACUUUCAGGCGGAAGGCAAGGAAGGAGAGAAACGCGCGCUGAUCCACUACCGUGAUGACGAGACCAUGUACGUGGAGGCAAAAAAGGAUCGAGUGACCGUUGUCUUCAGCACAGUAUUCAAGGAUGAUGAUGAUGUUGUGAUUGGGAAGGUCUUCAUGCAGGAGUUCAAAGAGGGUCGGAGAGCCAGUCACACAGCUCCGCAGGUGUUGUUCAGUCACCGAGAGCCUCCUCUGGAGCUGAAGGAUACUGACGCAGCAGUGGGUGACAACAUUGGCUACAUCACUUUCGUGCUGUUCCCUCGACACACCAGUCCUAACACCCGUGACAAUACCAUCAACCUGAUCCACACCUUCAGGGACUAUCUGCACUACCACAUCAAGUGUUCCAAGGCUUAUAUCCACACUCGUAUGAGGGCUAAGACCUCGGACUUCCUGAAAGUGCUGAACCGUGCACGGCCAGAAACUGAGAAGAAGGAGAUGAAGACAAUGUCGGGGAAGACAUUUUCAGCCCGAUAAUAAAUCUUUGGGCCGAUAAGCCUGAAGCUGAUACUCGCAGAUCUCCAGCAUGGGGUCAGAGGGAGCCCUGUGGAGGGCAAACCAGGAAUAAUUUCUUCUUCUUCUGAUUAUGGGAGCUGGUUCCCAGCAGAGCUUUGCUUGCAGUUAACUCCUGUCGUUUUUGUGGUGCCUAAGCAGACUCAUGAUUAAGAAAUUUUUCCAUCUUUCAGCUACUUCUCUUCCCCCUAUUCAUUAAUGUUAUGCUGUUGCUUCCCCUGGCCAUUAACACUGAAUACAGGAUCUGAUUCAGCAGGGAUGGUGUGACUGCAAAGUGGCAGAAAUUGUAUGCACUUCCAAAACAAUAAAUCUUUUAUAUGUCA